UCAACACAUUAUCAGACAGCUCAACUAUCGAGGGGGAAGUACACAUAUAUGUGACCGUAUCAACAAAUAUCUCAAUUUUCAUUCGUCGGUUGGAGUCAUCCCGUCACACACAACGAUUAGAAGAACUUGAUUGACCAAUCCUCAUCGGCCUACAUACGUUCAAGAAAUAUCCAAUUAUUCGAUUUCAAGGCUGGAGGCAGGUAUAAAUAUGCAGUCUUCCUACCACCUCCUCCCCUCCUUUCCAAUAGUUCUUUAACUAAACACCAAUACCCAUCAAAAUCCUCCCAACAGCAAUCGAAGAGACCCUCCAAACAUCAAAGUAUCCCACAACAAACAUUCAAAAAUGGCCAACUCAAACAUCCCACAACCCGUGCCUCUCCCCAUCUCCCAACAACCAUCGACUUCUCCACCGACUCGCAAACAACGUCUCAAACGCACCCUCUCAAAAGGCCUCAAAUAUAUCCGCAUAUACUUUACCACCCCGCCUCUCUACAUCGCCCUACAUUUCUCCCUCCUCAUCUCCGUCUCCUACCAGGUGAUGAGAAUGCACUGGUUACUGGCGGUCAUCUGCAUGUUCAUACUACAGAUACUCUCCUCGUGGAUCCAAUACCGCGACGAUCGCGAUCGCGAGGAAAAAGAUCUACGUAAGCUGCCUUGCAUUGGAGUGCUUGUGAGCUUGGCUAUAGUGGUGAUGGUUGGGCUCGGAUAUCACAUGAACGUGAGGGUUUGGGGGGAUUUGCCGCUUCAUCUUCUUUGCGUGGCGCUUUGGAUGUGCAGUUUUCUUUAUUAUGGCGUUUGGCGGUUGUGGUAUGGGGCGAAGGUACAUACCUAGGUAUGUGGUGAAGCCGGGAAUUUGGGGGGGUGUUGGAGGGUAAGGGCAGGUAGGCGUGAACAUGUAUAUUUUGUAUUGUAUUGAAGUGCUCAUCUCUGUUUUAUU